AUGAAAUAUAACAAUCGAUACAUAUUUUUUCCAGGUCAUACAUUAUUUGUUGUCGAUAAUAAUGAUCAACUGCUUUCUAAACCAAUUCAACUACUUGAUCAUACUUAUUCAUCGUUGAGUAUUUCUGACUUUACUCUUGUUACUUUUCUAUAUGAUGAAAAAACUAAUGAACAAAUAUUACUUACACCUAAACAAUAUCUAAUUACAAUACAACAAGCUGAAUUUACAUCAAGAAAAUUUAUUACGUACAUUAUCAAUAAAGAUAAAUCAAUCAUAUCUGAACCUAUUCAAAUAUCAGAUAUUGGAAUUCAAAUACGACAUUCAAUUGAGAAUACAAUUUCGAAUAGAAUAAAUUUAUUUGAUGGGAAACGGCAUGAAUUAUUUAGAUAUUUGAAAUCAUCCGAAAAUAAAAAUGAAUUUUUAAAAAUUAUAUUCAAUGAAUUUGAACUUAUUAAUGCUUAUCUACAAGAUCGGCUUGAUAAAUUAAAAAUCGAAGAAAAAAUCAUUGAACUAAUUAUACCUAUUUUAGAUAAACAAUAUGAUGAUAUUUCAAUAGAUCAAAUCGAAUACAAACGUGAACAAUCUAAUAUGGAUAAUCUUCUUAAUACAAUGAAAUCAUUUUUAGAAUUAGAUGAACACUUGACGAAAUAUCGAAAAAGUCAAACAAUUGAACCAUUAGAAAUUCAAAAACUUGAAAAUAAUCUUAUUCAGCAGUUAACUCAAAUAUCUACUCAACUUGAUGAUCCAUUAAUAAUUAAACAAGUUCAAAAUCUUACGAAUCAUAUGCAAAACACUCAACUUCUCAACGAACUUCGACCUAUUAUUCUGUCUGGUAUUAAAAAUCGUGCAAAAACAAUAGAAGAAAAAUUUGAAUCUUUAUUAAUAAAUAUUCAGAACAAAUCUAAUCAAUUAAAACAAUCAGAACUAAUUCGAUUUGAAUAUUUUCAAUUUUUCAAUACACGAUUUAAUGAAGAAAUGGAACACGAAAACAAUAUCGAAAAUUUAUAUGACAAAAUUGAUCGAAUGCAAUAUGAUCUUCAUCAAAAGAUGGCUGAUUCAUUAGAAACAAUAAAAUUUGAAGAUCUUAAUAAAUUAGUGAAGGAUGUAUGUAAUUUAAAUGAAAUUGAAAUUCCUAAUUAUUUAAAAACUAAAAAUGAAAAAUUAAUUUAUAUAUUUAAUUUUAUUCUUCGAUUUCUUCAUAAUGAAUUGAAAAUAAUUGAACAAUAUAGACAGAAGAUAUUUGAUGAAUUAGAACAAUUUAAAAUUAAAUCAAUAGAUAAUAAUGAAAAUUUUUAUUUUCAACAAAUGAAUUUUAUUGAAAAUGAAAUAAAAAUAAAUAAUCAUAAGAAAUUAUUAAAAUUUAUUAAAAAAUUUAAAAUUUUAUUAAAUAAAUUAGAAACAAUUAAUGAAAAAAAUUCACAAUAUGAUUUUCUUUAUUCAAAAUUUGAUCGAUUAUAUGAAAUAAUAAUGAAUAACUAUCAAAUGAAUCUUCCUGCUAAAACAAAUAUUCAAUUCAUACGUGAUACAUUACAUAGUCAUAAAAAAAUACUUAAAAAAGAAAUGAGAGAAUUCGAUAUAACAAGAAAUGAAUUAUUACGAAAACUUGAUGUUUUAAAAAAGAAAGAAGAACUAAAACAACGUACAAUGUUAACUUCAAUUACUGAAGAAGAUCAAUUGAGUUCAUUAAGAGCGUAUACUCAACAAUCAGAAAUUGAACCAUUAAAUAUACAUCAUGAAUUUUAUGCAAUGAAAAUUCAACAAAUCACUAAUGAUCUAGUUUCUAUGUUUCAUAAUAAGACUCCUGAAUCAAGUUUAUCUAAUAUGAGUUCAUUUAGCAAAGCAUUCAAUCAUUUGAAAACUUAUGAACAAAUUUUAAAUAGACAAAAAAUUAACAAUGAAAACAUAUUAAAAGAUAUUGACGACGAAAUUUCUACAGCACGAGAAUAUUCAUUGUUUGAUAGUCUUGUUCGUGAACAAAUGGACAAUCUAAUAAGACAACAAAAUGAAUUUACACAUAAUAAACAAUUAAUUAUUAAAAUACAAACAAUUCUACACGAAACAACCAAUCAAUUUCAUUCGGUUUUUAUUUCUAAUUUCGAGCAAGACAUAAACCAAGAAUUACUUCAACAAAUGAAACAGAGAGCCAUAGAUGUAAUCAUUCAAUCUGCUCAGUACGAACGUUUAUCUAAACGUAUAUCUCCUAAUUUACUUGUAUUGCAUAAAUUAACUUCUGAACAAGAAUUAAUCCCUUCAAUACUACCAUGUUCAGUAAAAUUACAUCAAUUAGAAAUACAAACAUCUAUACAACAAGAAUCUCCAUAUCAACUAUUUCAUUUUCAAUAUCAAUCAACAACGAAUUUUCAAAAAGAUUUUAUUCAACAAAUUUCAUCAUUAGAUUCUAUAGAUUCAAAACAACGAAUUUUACAAAAUGAAAUUAAUUAUUUACAUAAACAAUAUAAUGAAGCAAUUGUUAUUGGUGAUUUUACUCGACAAUUAGCUGCUGAACAAAUUAUUUCAAAUAAAUUUCAAAUGAUUGAAUCUUUUCAAGAAAAAGAAAAAUCACAGAAAACUAGUCCAAUAGAAAUUCAAAUUCCUUCAAUGAUCGAUAAUCAGCAAUCAAUUGAACAUAAAAAAUCUAAAACUUCAAUAAAAUCAUCAAAAAUCAGUGAAAAAUCUCUUGAUACAAAUCAAGUUAAUGAACAAAUCCAUGAACUUUUAAUAAAUUAUGAUACAAUUCUACAACAACAAAUCCAAAAUGAUCGAGAAAAACUUUCUCAAACACAAACUGAUAUUGUUCAAAUAGAAAAUCAAACAGAUAGAUUGUCUUCUACUCAUUUAGAACAAGGUCAAAAUGAAAUAGUUCAUCAACAAAUGAUUGAUUUUGUUGAAGAUCUUCAUCAAUUAAGGAAAUCUCUUGAAAAAUUUCAACAGGAAAAUGAUCGUACAAAACAAAUUGAUAUACAACUUCAAAUCUUAGAUAAGAUUGAUCAAUUUGAUAAUCAAUCAAUUAUUGAUCAUAAAACAGAAAAUCUUCGUAAACAUCUUCAUAAAGAACAAAAACAGCAACAACAAGUGUCAUUAAUUCUUUCAUCAGAUAAACAAACACAUCAUGAUACUCAUAUUCAAAUUGUGCCAAGCUUAACUCAUCUAUCAGAAUCACCAAUGAUUGUUGCCGAAGAAAACAAAAUUAAAAAUAUUUCAAAUCAAACAACAAUCAAACCUGCUACCAGAAAACUAAUACCACAGACUGAUUUAGUCGAGCAAACUAAUCUUUCAUUAGUAACUACUAAUGUAAAAGAAUUAUUUCACGAAUUACAAAAAACGAAGCAUUCAAAUGAAAUAACUUUUGAAAGUACUCAACAAACAUCAGAUAUGGUAGAUACUAAAGUCUCACCAAAAAUUCCACUACCAACGAAAAUGGGUGUGGCAAUCGAAUAUAAUGAAGAAUAUGAUACAGCUGAAACUAUUCAUAAAAUUCGUGUACCCAGUCAAAGUCAUGUGCAAUCAAAUUCUAUUGUAGCCAUGAAUAGUUCUUUAUUUCUAACAAAUGAUAAGCUUGAUUCAAAUGAUAUAUCUUCAUCUAAAACACUUGAUGUUUCAAAUGAUCCUAAACAUUUAUCAUCACCAUUAACAAUAGUCGGAAAUGUUGAAAAGUAUUCACUUAUCCAAAGAAACGCUAAAGAUCGAAAAGUUGCUACCUCAACGCAACGAUCUAUUUCUCAAUCGAAACGAGAAUAUGGUGAAGUUUAUAUUCGACAUCGAUUUGUUGAUGUUAAUUUACCCGUAUCAAACAUUGAUAAACAACGAGAAAAAAACGAAGAAAAACUUCGUGAAAAAAUCAAACGAAAAACACGUUUAGUCCAAUUCGAAAAAACAAAACAAGGUAAUACUGUCAUUCAUCGCCAAGUAGAUUUAUCAAAACGUGUUUUGCUUGUUCCACAACGAGCAAUAUAUGAAGAAAAUCUCGAACCAAUACCACCAUUAAUUCAUGUACAAAAUACAACUAAUUUUACAUUCAAUCAAACAAACAUUACUCCAUUAAAAUCUAAAAACUCAUUACUAUUAGUAUCAACAUCUGAUAUGAAUAAUAAAUCUUCUGAUGUCAAUACGAUUGAUUAUCAUAGUCAAAAACCUGAAAUGAAACUAUCAUCUUAUUCUACAACUAUUCUUUCUCCUGUUCAAGAAGAACCUGAAGAAAUUGAGACACCCGAAGACAUACCAUUUACUAGUAUAGAUAAAGAUUCAUUAACGAAACAUCAAUUGAUUGAUACAACAAAUAAUAUUACUGAAUUAAUAACUUUUGAUAAUAAUGAAAAAUUAAAUUCUCUUCAAGAAAUACCUUUAAACUUAUCAAGUACAGUUCCAUCAGAUAUUAUUCAAACCGUACAAGAAGCAUCGCAACAAAAAACCGAUGAAAAUAAACGAGUUACAGUAUCUCAUUCUUCUUUACCCAAUGAUCUCUCAUCCAGAUUGAGUAUUUCUCAAAGAAAAAAUUCAAUAAUAUCUCAGCCAUCAAAAGAACAAAAUGUUCUUAAAAAGAAAUCUUCCAAAAGAAAACAUCAAUCAGUAAUUAUCAAACAAAUUGAAGAUGUUGAAUUAGUUCCAACACCAAACGAUGAAUCUCUUUCUACUCAAGCUUUUAGUAUCGAACAAGAAAAUCAAGAAAUUCAAUCUCCUAUUCCAAUUGUAUCCGAUGGUAAAGUCGUCUAUCAUAAAGUUGGUGGUAAAAUGAAGAAGAAAAAGAAAAAGAAAAAAUCAAAAAAAAUCAAACAAACAAAUACAAAUGAUAAUAGAAUAAAAAAGACAGAGAAGAAAACCGAAACAAAACUUCAAGAAGAACCACUAAUAUUAAUUCCACGUAAAGCCGUUCCAUUUAUUUCUGCUACUGAAGACAAGCAAAUUGAUGUUGAACAUGAUCCUAUAAUAACAUAUAAAAAGAAAAAACGAAAACUUUCAUCUAAAUCUACUCGUAAAUAUUCUCGAUCUCGAUCAUCAAGCAAAAGUAAAUCAACAACUAGAAGAAAAAACAAAAGCAAACAUCGAUCAAAAAAGAAAUUAAAUGUAGAAGAAAAAACAGAAAAUAUUCAAGUCGAAUCAAAAUCUAUUAAAAAUCAAGAUGCUAUUACAAUGCAUUUACUAAAUGUAAAACGUUUUACAGUUCCACCUAUAUCUGUUAUUAAUUUUGAUCAAACACGUCAUAAAUAUAAUGAUACUAUUGAAAUAACAAAUGAAAAAGUUGAACAAUCACGUUUACAUUUCCUUAAACCAAUGAUAAAAAAUUUUGAGCUUGAUAAUAAUUUUCAAAAACGUAAUAAGGAAAUUCAAAAUAUUGAUGCAUAUGAUCUUGAUAAAGAAUUAUUUGAUUUUAAUAAUGAUACAAAAGAAAUUGAUCAACCAGCUAUGUUUACAGAAUAUAUUCCUGAAUUUUUUCAAAAACAAGCAGAAGAAAAACAAAUUCGUCGUAUUUCAUUAACAGCCAUUAAAACAGAUGAAAACUUUAUCAAACGUCUUGCUCCAAGAGUAUCAUAUUUAUAUAAUGGAUGGCAACCAAGUGAUACAAUUUGUGCACAUACAGAUGAAUUUCGUCCAUUGAAUAAAUAUCUUAUGUCAGACAUAUCAUAUUAUUUUGACGAUGAUUUCAUUGAUGAAUCAGGUUUAUUUCAAAAUCAAAGAAAUUUAGAUAAAAUUGAAUCUCGAGUUAAACAAACAACUCAACGUUUUCGUGAUGAUUAUAUUGUUAAAGAAUUUUUUAAUUGUUGGAAAGAUUAUGCUGUAGAACAAGCUCGUAUUGCUGAAUUAAGACGAAAACGUGUUACAAUAGAUUUUCGUGAAUUUUGGUUUCAAGAUGCUUUUUCUGAUCCAUUCUAUUCUUAUUUUGAACAACCAUUAGAUUAUAUUAAGAAACAAGAUAAUCAUCAUCAAAUGGCAUAUCGUUUACAUAAACGUCUUGUACGUACCGGACGUGAACAACCAAAAGAAACAAUGAAUAAUAUAAAUCGUUCGUCAUUUUUACCUAUACUUUUUAAUUUACCAAAAAAUAAUCUCGAUCGACAAGUAUCUCUUAGUCGACGUCGUCAAUUAAUUAAUUAUGAUAAUAAUGAUAAUCAAAAUUAUCUUAUACCUUUAUCAAAUUUAAUAACACAUCAUGAUGAAAUUUUAUCAUUAAUACGUGAACGUAUUAAAUUUUUGAAUCGUACUAAAACUUAUAUUAAUAUACAUCGUGAUGAAUUAGCUAUCAAAGAACUUUUAUUAAAUACUUCAUUAUUACAACAAGGUACAAUUAAAGAUUUAGAUAAAUUAAUUAUUGAUUAUUAUACAUCUGUUGAACAACAAGAUAUAAAAAUUUUAUCGAAAUCAAUGAGUAGUAUUGUUAAAUUACCUAUGUUGAAACCAUCAUCACUUAUUUACAAAUCAAAUUCAAAAUCAUCUCGGCAAACAACGACUAUUUCAUAA